AUGACUGCGGUGUCAAAUGUUUAUGCACAGCGCUUUUUAACAACAAUAUUCUUGAUUUCAUUUGGGAUAUAUCUGUUCCUUGCAACAGUGACAUAUACCCCAUUUGAUCCAGGCUGGAUGCAUAUUUCGAGUGAUACACAACAGGUUUCAAAUGCCAGUGGUGUAGCGGGUGCUUGGAUUGCUGAUUUGUUGUUUGGUUUUUUAGGUUGGGCAAAAGCAGUCCAAGUAUGGUGGCCACGAAGUUUUGUGAGUCGUCCGUUUCGUUACGCUGCUCAAUUUUUUAUUUUGCUUGCGACCUCAAGUCUAUUGUAUUUGCUUUGGAAUGUACCAGCAGACACAUUAGCCAAUGCUUCUGGUGGAAUCAUUGGUUAUGAACUUGGUGAAAGCCUAUCUCAACUGAUGAGUAUUUAUGGGGCAGUUGUAUUUAUUUUGCUCUUGCUCGUUGUUCUAUUUACCUUAGCGUUUGGUAUUCAAUGGAAUAGAACGUGGGCAACACUAAAAGCCACGCCUGCUUAUUUACAAGAUUUGUUUUAUAAAAAUGUUCCUGAAAAGCGGACUUUAGAAAAAGCACAUCGUCUAGAACAAGACAGUCAACGUACUGUUUCAUCUGGUGAAGUAUGGAAAGCCCUACAUCAAGAUCAAGACCAUAAUCGUGAUAUUGAUGCCUUGAUCAAAGCGUCAGAAGAUCAAACUGAAGAUAAAUAUGCAGACCAUUUGCCACGCGCGCAUCAACAUGAUGUUGAUCCUGUGCAGAUCAAUAAAAAAUCUUCACUUGAUUGGGAUGAUGACCAAGUGUUUGAUGAAUUGUUAUCAGUUGUACCAAAUGGACAAACUGCCACAGAUAUCCAUAGCCCCUUUAAUAGUGCUACGACGCAGGCUCAAGCUGAAGCUGGUUAUGUAGAUACUGCUGUUCAGGGUGGGCAAAGCUUUGCGAGUGGUGUCGCAGUAGCGGCAACUUCAGGCGUGGCAAUACAAAAUUUAGCCAAUGAACUAGAUGAGCUUGCAUCGCUUGCAGAUGAAGAACUUACUGAACCCCCAACUGCGUACCAACAAAAUCAGCAAUCUGCAGAUGUUCGCACAACCAGUAAUUAUGCUCAAUCUACACCAUUUACCCGUGCCAAUAUUCAAACCAAUUUAAAUGCAUCAACCUUGGUCAGUGAAGAAGAAAAGUCUUUAAUUGCUGCAGAUAAAGAUGCAUUUAGAGAUGCUUGGCAAGAAACUGCGGGUAAACCUCAAGACGAAUUGCAAAGUGAGUUUGCAGAACUUGAAGAUGAUUUCGACUUGGAUGCACCAUUAACAGAUGCAUUUGGUCGUCCGAUGUCACGUGCAAUGCAAGUUGCAAAUAAGCGUCGAGACUUACCAACAUUGCCAGGUUAUGAACUGUUAGAUAAAGUCGAUCCAAAUAAAAAAGUCAACUUUACCGCAGAACAAUUGUCACGUUUAUCUGAACUGUUAGAAAUUAAACUUCAAGAGUUUAACGUCAAAGCCAAAGUGAUCGAAGCCCAACCUGGGCCAGUGGUUACACGUUUUGAGUUAGAUUUGGCACCCGGUGUAAAAGCCUCGAAAGUGACCAAUAUUUCCCGAGAUUUGGCACGUUCUAUGUCAAUGGCAUCUGUACGUGUGGUUGAAGUGAUUCCCGGAAAGCCUUAUAUCGGGAUUGAAGUACCGAAUAGCAGUCGUGAAAUGGUACGUCUGAUAGAAUUACUGGAAACCCCUGUUUUUAAAGAUCCAAAUGGUUUGCUUUCAAUGGCAAUGGGUAAGGACAUUUCGGGUAAUCCUGUGAUCACUGACUUAGGUAAAGCGCCACAUAUGUUGGUUGCGGGGACAACAGGUUCAGGUAAAUCGGUUGCUGUAAACUCAAUGAUCCUGUCGAUGUUGUUGAAAUAUACACCUGAUCAAUUACGUUUGAUUCUGAUCGAUCCAAAACAAUUGGAAUUAGCGAACUACAAUGAUAUUCCUCAUUUAUUGACACCUGUUGUGACUGACAUGAAAGAUGCUGUCAGUGCUUUGAAUUGGUGUGUCAAUGAGAUGGAACGUCGUUAUAAGCUGAUGUCUUUUUUAAAGAUCCGUAAAUUAGCCGACUAUAACCGUAAAGUGGAAGAAGCCAUUGCAAAUGGUGAGGAUCUUAUUGAUCCAACUUGGAAACCAAGUGAUUCUGCAACACAAGACAGAGCGCCACGUUUGCAACCAUUGCCUUCGAUCGUGAUUGUUGCCGAUGAAUUUGCCGAUAUGAUCAUGCAAGUGGGUAAAAAAGCGGAAGAAAUGAUUACCCGUCUGGCACAAAAAUCUCGUGCAGCAGGAAUUCAUUUACUGUUAGCAACACAACGUCCAUCGGUAGAUGUUAUUACUGGUUUGAUUAAAGCCAAUAUUCCAACCCGUGUGGCAUUACGUGUAAACAGUAAAAUUGACUCGCGUACUAUUUUGGAUGGUGGUGGUGCAGAGGAUCUCUUGGGCCAUGGUGAUAUGUUAUUCCUCGGUCCAGGUAAAAUUGAUCCUGAGCGUGUACAUGGUGCAUUUAUUUCCGAUGAUGAAGUCAACCGUAUUUGUGAUGCAUGGCGUGAACGCGGUGAACCGAAUUAUGUUGAUGAAAUUCUCACGCCGUUUGACGAAGAACCGACCACACGUGGUUUCGAAGAUGGUGAUGGCGAUCCGAACCGUGAUGCACUCUAUGACCAAUGUGUUUCAUUUGUCUUAGAAACACGUAAGGUGUCUGUAUCUUCACUGCAACGUAAGUUUAGCUUAGGUUAUAACCGUGCUGCCCGUAUUGUUGAUCAAAUGCAGGAGCAGGGUAUUGUCAGUGAACAAGGACCGAAUGGUAAGCGAGAUAUUUUGGUCUAA